AUGGCCAAUACUGUUUCUUCCUUCGGCUCUAGGGUCUUCACGACAAUUUCUGUUGUCCUUUUGACUUCCUGGACGAUUACAACUCUGGGUUUCUCCGCUCUAAAUGCGCUCAACGAUAACCGCAGCCUCAUCGGAACAGCAUCAUCGAUCAGCCUCCUCACAUACUUGGCAUGUCGGCUCCUUGUUUUCACACAGCCAACUGAAAAUGAUUCAAUUGCCCACAUCCUGACGACCGGUUACCUCCGCUCACGCAGAGAAGCCCUCGCAACUUUCGUUUUUACAUGUGCUUGGCUGUAUGAACUCCUCUCUCAGGCUGUGCUAAUGGUUUUCAUGACCAUUUUCGGAGGCGCAAUCGCAACCGCUAUCUACACUGAUGCGUUUGUCGAGGAUCCGGAUAAUGUUUAUCAAAGUGAUUCAGACAGGGAGAAUACUUCCCUGGCGGUAGCGGAGAUUGACGAGUUCAAACAGAAAGUGGGCGUGGAUCCGGUCGCUAUUUUCAAGAUGAUUCCGCCCAAGGUUCUGAUCUAUUUUGCUGUGCUUGUAUGGGCCAACUUUGCAAGUUUGGGUCUUUAUGUACUGCGCCUUUCGUGGAGGUCGGCAAAGGCGUUGCUUGGAUCGUCGUCUGUCCCUGUUGUGCGGAAUGGAGAGGCUCCAGACUCGAAGUGA